AUGUGUGAGUAUGCUAACUGCUUGGCGUUCACGUCGCAGGGGCUGCUGCACACGCAGGGCCCCGUCGAUGGCAGCCUUUAUGCCAAGGUGAGAAAGAAGAGCAGCUCGGACCCCAGCAUCCCUGGCGGGCCCCCGGCUGUCCCCACCACCAGCAGCCCGGUCCACAGUGACCACACCCUGUCCGUCAGCAGUGACUCCGGCCACUCCAUGGCCUCAGGGAGGACCGACAGGACCGAGGAGCACCCAGGCCCAGGACCCAAGAGGGGCCUGAGCCCCCAGGAGAAGGCCGAGCUGGACCAGAUGCUCAGUGGCUUUGGCCUGGAGGACCCCAGAAGCCCCCUGCAGGACAUGAGCAAUGGCCACAGCAAGUGCAGCAGGACCCGCCACGUGGUGCCGGCCCAGGUGCACGUGAACGGGGACGCUGCCCCCAAGGACCGGGAGAUGGACAUUCUGGAUGACGAGAUGCCCGGCCACGACCUGCGCAGCGUGGACAGCACAGGGACGCUGUCCUCAGAGGGCCACGCAUCCACCCACCUGGGCCCCUUCACCUGCCACCAGAGCAGCCAGAACUCACUCCUGUCAGACGGGUUUGGCAGCAGCACCGGUGAGGACCAGCAUGGAGCCCCUGCCCCAGACCUGGGCCUGGGCGGGGACCCCCUGUAUGAGCGCGAGUGGGCCUUCAGGGGCCGCGAGCCCAGGCCGCCGCAGCCCGUGCUCAGGAAGCCCCCCGCGCCCGCCCCGACACAGGCCUACGGGCAGAGCGGCUACUCCUUGUAGACCUGGGUGCGCCAGCAGCAGAUGGUGGCCGCCCACCAGUAUGGCUUCGCCCCCGACGGGGAGGCCAGGCUCAGCGGCCGCAGCCCGGUGCAGACCCAGGCCAGGGUCCCGGUCACCCCGACCCGGGGGACCAGCAGUCAAGUGGACGUCCAGAGGGGCGUGGGCCCCGGGCCACAUCCCCCCGACACACAGGGACCCCCUCCCGGCAGAGUGGCCUUCAAGCCCAGGGCUCCGGACGUCAGCGUCGUGAACGGCGCCAUCCCGGAGCUGAGCGCAGACCCCUCCCUGGGCUCCCCAACCCUGGACAUCGACCAGUCCAUCAAGCAGCUGAACAGGCUGAUCUUGGAGCUGGGCCCCACCAUCGAGCCCAUCCCCACCCACAUGAGCGUGCUGGGCAGCCCAGCCAAUGGCCCCGUGCCCCCAGAUGGUGUGGGAGGUGGACUGCGGGCCAGCGACCACCUGCAGGACACUGGGGGAGGCCCUGGCAGGGGCCCCACGAGACAAGGGAGCGCAGGUGACGAGCCCCCGAGCGGAAGGUUCCAGAAGCUGAGCGUUGGGCAGUAUGACAAUGACACCGGGGGGCCCCCAGCCUUCUCCAAGUCCAAGUGCAGCUGGGGGAAGCCCACCAGCACGGAACAGGCCCCAAGCCUGGUGCCCUUACUCUCUCCAGCCAGCGCCAAGGAGACGGCGAUCCCCGUGUACCCCCAGGACCUGGAUGGGGUCGACGGCAGGGUCUUCUCACCCACUGGCAGUGGCAGUGAGACCCUGCCCCCCACGCCUGCGUUCCCCAUGUCUCCGGAGACGCCGUACGUGACGACCCCCCGUUACCCUCCAUUCAGCCCCCCGGGGCCCCCGAUGGGUAACCCGCCCAGUUGUCACCAGGGAGGAAGGGAACCACGAGGCUGCCCUGAGAUUCUCGGUCACUCCGUGGGGAUGUCACAGAGCCCGGCUGGACCCACACCAGCCGUGUUCUGGGCCGACGUGCUCACGGCGCCCUCCUUGCAGCGGGCCUUCAUGUCCUUCUGCACGGUGUCCGGCGGCAGCCCCGGCCAGCGGAGGGAGAGCAGCCCUCCCGCUGAGCACCCGUGGGUGGAGACCAGCCCCAAAUCCUCGCUGGCCCUGCUGGGGAAUGGCUGGCCGGCAGGCAGCCUCCUGGGCAGCAGAGAGUUCCCGGGGCCCGGCCAGGAUGGCUCCGGGUGGCCCCACUUCCCACCUGCCGAGCUCCAGACGCCCUUCCACGGCCACCAGCUGGCCCUGAUGGACCCCCCGGAAGCACUAGGGCCGCCGAGCGGCCAGGCCUUCCUGAGCUUCUGCUCGGCCCCCGGGGGAGCUGGCCUUCCUCCCGGGGGGGACGCGGGGGCCUUGCUGGCCAGUUCCCACGAAGCAUCCCCGGCCCUCGGCCCCCCGCGGGCCGCCGUGGAGCCUGCUGACGACGGCUUCCUGUCUCACGGCUUUCUCACAGUGGUGCCAGGACACAGCAGUCACCACAGCCCGGUCCUGCAGGGCCCGGGGAUGACCCUGCCAGGGCAGCCACCCCUUCCCGAGAAGAAGUGGGCCUCGGAGGGGGACCGGUCCUUCGGCUCAGCCUCCCCAUCUUCCAGCAGCUUCUCCAGCCCUCACAGUGGGAGAACCAUGAGCAUUCCUUUCCCAAACGUCCUCCCAGAAUUUUCCAGGGCCUCGGAGGUGGCCACUCCAUCCCCAGAUAAUCCAGGUGAGAAGCAGGUGACGAACUUUGUCCAAGACACAUCCAAGUUCUGGUACAAGGCAGAUAUCUCCAGAGAGCAAGCCAUCACCAUGCUGAAGGACAAGGAGCCCGGGGCCUUCAUCGUCAGGGACAGCCACUCCUUCCGGGGUGCCUACGGGCUGGCCAUGAAGGUGGCCAUGACCCCGCCCUCCGUCCUGCAGCUGAACAAGAAAGCUGGAGACUUUGCCAACGAACUGGUCCGGUAUUUCUUGAUCGAGUGCACCCCAAAGGGAGUGCGGUUGAAAGGAUGCCCCAACGAGCCGUAUUUUGGGAGCCUGACAGCCUUGGUGUGCCAGCAUUCCAUCACGCCCCUGGCUCUGCCCUGCAAACUGCUCAUUCCAGACAGAGAUCCGUUGGAGGAAAUAGCAGAAAGCUCUCCCCAGACCGCGGCCAACUCCGCGAUGGAGCUGCUGAAGCAGGGGGCAGCCUGCAGCGUGUGGUACCUGAACUCCGUGGAGAUGGAGUCCCUCACCGGACACCAGGCCAUUCAGAAGGCCCUGAGCAUCACCCUGGUCCAGGAGCCGCCCCCCUUGUGCACGGUCGUGCACUUCAAGGUGUUGGCCCAGGGCAUCAUGCUGACGGACAACCAGAGGAAGCUCUUCUUCUGAAGGCACUACCCCGUGAGCAGCGUGAUCUUCUGCGCGCUGGACCCCCAGGACAGGAAGUGGAUCACAGAUGGCCCCUCCUCAAGGGUCUUCGGUUUCAUGGCCCGGAAGCAGGGCAGCACCACGGACAACGUGUGCCACCUAUUCGCGGAGCAUGACCCUGAGCAGCCCGCCAGCGCCAUGGUCAACUUCGUGUCCAAGAUCAUGAUCGGCUCCCCAAGGAAGAUCUGAGCCUCCCACCGGAAGACCCCAGAGGGGCCAGCUGUGCCCCCGACCUCCCCGGCCCAGGAGGGAAGGGGCCCCUCCAACUUACACACCAGAACAAGCCACCCCACGGCCCAGUGGCCUUCCCGGAAUGACACGUUUCUGCCACCCAGGGCCCCAGAGGAGGAAGACGGGUGCCGGAUGGGCUCCCAAAAUUGCUUUCUUAUGUCUACGAGGGGAGGGGAGCCCGGCCCACUUGGCAGUGGCCCGAGUGGCUGCUGUGCCUUGGGGUAGCCAUCUCGGGGGGCUUCUGUCCAGCGGACACCCUGAUGCCUCUGUCCUCUGGCGAUCACCACGGAGAGGCUGAUUGGUGGGCCUGAAAAGGGGUGCAUGCCUAAUGGAGGUUCGUGCAGGUCAGGCCCUCCGGAUCACUGGGGCGUGAACAAGGGGUCGGCGUGAUGGGCGGCGAGGCCAGGAGGUCCCUGGGUCCCCGUGGAGGGACUGCCUCCACCUCCGCUCUCCCAGCUCUGAAUGGCACGCUGGGCCGUGAGGGGAACGCCGUUUCCAUAAAAGUUACAUUUUAAUUCUGCCAAAUUAUUUAUGGGAACAGUUUGCCAGUGCUGUGCAGUACUGAAGUCCAGUUACUGCCCCCUCCCCAGCUGGGUUCUCGGCGGAGCGUCUGCCCCGGGGCGGAUCACCGAGAUUCGGAGGCUGUGGGUCCCCACUGGCGAUGCAGUGGGCCGUGGCUGCUGCCCGCAGCCUUUCCGAAUUCCUGACCAUCCACGCGUCCUUUCUGGGGAGGACGGCUCCAAGGGGUGGGACGCGCUUAGUUGUAGCCUCAGUCCCCACGCCGCACCGUCGUCUUGGGGUGGAGACUGCCCUGAGGACACUGCCCCGGGGACCUCUCGGUGGUCUUGUCCAUGCCUGUUGGCUCCUGCCCUGGUCCUGCGUUCUGGCAGGAGGAUGAGACCUGACGAGUCUCGGUCCUUCCAGGGAGCUCUGACUCAGCUCUGCUGCGUGUCCGCGGCCCGGAUCAGGUGUGUUAUCUGCGCGGAUUUGCGCACUGCAGUGCCGUGGUCCGUCCGCCCGUCGGGCAGUGGUCCAAGGUCCCGCAGAUGCCACGGAGUGAGAGACGGAGCUGGGCACCACCGUCUCCUUCCCCGUCACCUGGGCACUCGCCCCCGGGCUCUCCCUCUAACAAGGGCCUCCCGGGCGCCUCCGCAUCCCCAUUCAAGCACCAGCCCUCAGGUCACCAGGAAUCACCGCAGCCAGCGGUCACCGCACAGGGCUUUGGAAAUGCGCUUUGUGGACUGUUUCAAAGUGGGCAGAGACAGACUCGGCCGCAGCAGAGGUGGGAUGGGCCGAACCGCAGUGGGCAUCGAGCGUGUGCACCUGCACGCGUGGGUGUGCGUGCCUGUGUGAGUGUGUGAGCGUGAGUGUGUGAGAGCAGGCACUGAGUCCACUGUGUAGCUUCUAUUAAUGCACCAAACGCAAGUGCCUCGUUUCUGUGCCAAAUGUUUGCCUUGGUCUUCGUGGACCACCUUCCCCACCACGUGGCUGCGUGGCCGGUAAGAAGAUUGUACCGGCAUCUUCGGAGGCCCGACGCCUUGGUCCUCAGCAGUGGCCUGUCUGGCAUUUCCGUUUUCCAUUCUCAGCAGGAAUUCAGCCCAGGGGGCAGCAGUGUGCGCUGCCCCCAAGACCUGCUCCCCUCCCGAGAUGCUCGAGCCCAAGUCUGACGUAAGGGCCCCAGGCAGGUGCCUCGUCCUUCUGACGAAGCAGGAGCGGGGAGGAUUGAGAAGCACGAACCCCGAGUCAGAGAGAGCCGGGCCUCCCCGGCCGAGCUUGUCCAGAGCAUGCAAGCCACAGCAUUUGCUUUAUAGACUAACCGGCCGCUGAGACGCGUGCUCUCAGCACCCAAGGGCGUCGGAACACUUCCCGCCAGCAAACGGCUCCCUCGGAGGUGAGGGACCGAAGGGAGCCAAUCCCUGGUUCCCGAGGAGCUGGUACGACAGUGUUACAUACGCAGCCGCGAACUCUGCGCUCAGGCCUCGGGGAGCCCCGCCCCGGGGCCCACGGGGAGGGAAUGGCCCCCAGCAUCCAGCCUCCAGGUGCCGGCGGGCACAGGGGCACUGUCCCGGGGCGCGCACGAGGCCCGUGCCCGCAAGUGUCAUAGCCAGGGUCCCUUAACCCACCCGUUGACCCGCGCUGUGUCCCUCCAGUGUUAACCUGUAAUCUCCUUGAGUCACACAGCGCCUGAGGGCCCCCCACCUGCGCAUCCUCCGCAUCUGACCUCACCGCGCCCCCUUAUCUGCCCUGCCAAGUAGUGGGUGUUUCUACUUCCGCCUUGUAAAGAGUGUACCCAGUAUGUAAAUGAACGUUCCACGAUAACCCUCUGUAUAGCGCUCUGCUUUGCUCUUUAAAUAUCGCUUCUAUUCAGAGUAUGAUAAAGUUAUAAACUUGGUAAGCCUCGGGGAGGCAGGUGCUUGUUUGUGGUGUCGGAUGGAAGCUUCCGGAAGGGUGUCUGGGGGUGUGGACGUGUGUGUGCACGCCUGGGUGUGCCUGCGUGUGUGUUUAUUUGGGAGUUUUAUUUGGGACUGUUUAUGGGUCAGUAAAUUCAGUUAUACAUUCGUGUGUGUUUUGCCUCCAGGAUUAUAGUCUGAGAUUUCUGCCCAGUGACUUCAGAAAAUUGUAUUUGUAGGUUUUAAGUAGUGAAUGAUAGUAACUGGUUUUGAUCAUGGGUUCUGCUAUGUUUUAGGGAUUUUUUCUUUUCU